CUCCGAACCUCAAUUCAGUUUUACGAGUCGAACAAUUCGUACAAUGUCGACUGCGCAGUAUCUCUUUAGUAAAAAACCGUGAAAUAUGUUUAAAAAUGAAAGUGUUUUUUAGUAAUGCAAUAUGGAUAAUGCUAAUUUAAACGUGUGUAAUUUAGAAAAUGGCAUAAUGCCUAUGAACAUAGAUCGGUCUCCAAAUUCUGGCCACAAUUCGGACAUGUUCCUUUAUGAUGAUUCUUCAAUGUCUGAUGGCAGUUUAUACGCUAGUGACCAAGAAAACCUUUCAAUUCCACGAAAACGGUCAGAAUGUAGACGGCUGCAUAAACGGCGAAGUCGGUGUCCGCAACAACAAAUUCAACAACGGCAAGCAGCUAAUCUGCGAGAACGGCGACGUAUGCAAUCAAUCAAUGAUGCCUUCGAAGGUCUCCGGGCACAUAUACCAACGCUACCUUACGAAAAACGAUUGUCUAAAGUCGACACACUGAAGCUCGCUAUCGGCUACAUAAGCUUUCUUGGAGAAUUGGUUCGCACAGAUAGAAGUUCAUCAGAUAACAUGCUGUCAGGUGUUGGGAACGGCCAGAAUAGAGAGGAACAGAAGAAAGUUAUUGUGAGAGGCAGUAAUUUCCAGUCACAUUCCCUUUCGUGGUCACGACGGGGUGACAGGCCCCCAGGUACAACUUUGCACGCCAAAAUCUGGGUUCCGGAGGAUCCAAGAGUAUUCAAUAGCACAAUUGACCUCCUUGACAAAGAAGAGCUAAGAUAAUUUGAUAAAAAAACGACACAGCCGACACUGACUUCUAAAGAUUCUCUUAUGAUUCUCUUUUGAAAUUAUUUAAAAUAGCAUAAGCAUAGGUGUGUAAUGUUUAUGCUAAAUUGUUAUGGUAACUUUGUAUUACUGGCGGUAGUGUUUUAAAUUAUUUUACAAAUUUAUCCAAAGUUGUGAAGCCAAAAAUUUAAAAAUCGGAAUGAAUAUUUUUUUAACUUCCACGAUGAGGAAUGUAAUAGUAUAGUAUUGUAAAUUAUUCUAUGAUAAGCAAUUAUCUAGUCGUUGUAGAUAUUUUAUCGUACGUUAAACUCUCUCUAUAUACCAAAGAAAGUAACAAAUUCUAGUUAUCUACAACUAUAUUAUUUGUAAGCUAAGCAGUAUAAUAUAUAUGUUCCUUUAAUUUUAAAAUUAGUUUUAUUUUGUUAAAAGUUAGUUCGUAGCUACAUACGAAACGCAAUGGAAAAACGAGUACAUUUUUAAUCGAAAUAACGCAUGUUAACGAAGGGAGGAGGCGGUAUCCCCCCUUCUUCAGGUGUUUGCGUUCCCAGAGGGGAACUGAGUGCCUUGAAAAUUGCGACUAUUUUAGGCAUCACAGUUUAUAUGAAAAUACCUACUGUUAGGUUAACAGCCUCUGAUCGAUUAUUCUGUUUUUAAGAUACCGCUGUUAUUAUCAUAGAGAAUUUUUAAUAUAUCAACGCUCUCGUUAUAACAGGACUCUUCCUGUUCUAACCUGACGAAACCACAUUUAUUUCAGCUUGGCUAGUAAAGAAAUAUCCUUAAACCCCAACUAAUUUAGAUAAACUUACUUAAUACCGUUCUUAUUCCAU